AUGACAAGCUUCCCAAAACGCAAGAUUCUCGAGGUUCAGAAGUCCCUGGGAAUCACAGGCCCUACAUACGCGUGCCCCAUAUGCGCUGCCCCGUUUCACUCAGAGCCCAAACUAUGGCUACAUGCAAAGGAGAGUCACCCAGGCAGUCUGGAGGCUAUCGGGCUUUCGACGGAGGCGGAAGCCAAGGAGAGGGAAAUUUUCAAGCAACAGGCUAUAAUGAAUGCACAGAACAAGCCUUCGCAAUCCAGAAGAUCUCCAAUAGAAAGAGCUGAGCAUGAAAAAGAGAGCGACGCAAACAAAAUGGUACCUCCUUCUCCAACAAGGCCACAGACUGCGCCAGAGGCAGAAGAGCGCUCAAACCCUAAUACUUCUGAAACGAGACGCCUUGAGAAAGGCCAGAUGAAGACUCCCAUGGCGGGCGUCCCACAAAAGCGUGGAGCCGAGCGUGGAGCCGGGCGAGGCGGUUCUCCAGACCCAUCCAGAGAUCCGACUACGCCGAAUCCUUACACUCGGGCGCGCCAUAGCAAGGCAUUCAGUAGUGGGAACAUUCAAGAUAGCGAAUUCACCAGACGACAUGAUGCUGGUACACUUUUCGAUCCAACGAUCAACGACUCACUGAAAGCGACUAAUCCAACCAGGCAGAAGUCCCCAAAGACAAGGGGCCAUCAGAGUCGUCCGCCAAGAGGAAGAAACCUUGAGCCUAGACUGAAAGAAGGCUUGCAUGACUCACCUAAAAAGUUCAAACCCCCUUGGCCGCCUCCUCAGGCAGCUAAAGGAUCAUCCCAGGGCUUGCAGCCUGACUCGGCCGGAGUACAAAAGCAAAGCCAACCCAUUGUAGUACAAAAGCGUACAGGACGGCAUGAAAGGGCCAGCUCACCUGUAGAUGACCCCGAUGAUCAAGAAGACGACCCUGAGCCAAAUCCGUCAAUGCUCGUCCAGCCUGAAACUAGGCCAAUCAGCCACGAUCAACUUGUAGUGGAAGUGAAAGGAAUCUAUGCUGGAUUAGUCAUGGUCGAAGCGAAGUGCAUCGAAGUAGACGACAAACAGACCCCGUCGCCCGAUGACAAAUUUCCACCAAGACCCAUGCCAUUGAGCAAUGAUCAAUGGCGCUCGUUGAUUGCACUUCACAAGCAAUUACUCCACGAACAUCACGAUUUUUUUCUUGCGUCGCAGCAUCCAUCCGCAAGUUCAAAUCUCAGUAAGCUGGCCGGCAAGUAUUCGAUGCCGGCUCGAAUGUGGCGUCAUGGUAUACAUGGUUUCCUGGAGGUUCUCCGAUAUCGACUCCCGGAUGCUUUCGAGCAUAUGCUCGCUUUCAUUUACAUUGCAUACUCUAUGAUGGCUCUACUCUACGAGACUGUGCCAUCCUUCGAGGAUACGUGGAUCGAAUGUCUUGGUGAUCUUGCCCGGUAUCGCAUGGCGAUCGAAGAAGAAGAGCCGAGAGACCGAGAAACAUGGAGCGGAGUUGCUAGAUACUGGUACAGCAAAGCUAGUGAUAAGACGCCCUCAAUAGGUCGACUAUAUCACCAUCUCGCAAUCUUGGCAAGACCUUGCACAAUCGAGCAACUAUCAUUGUACACAAAAGCACUGACUUGCCUCACUCCCUUCGAAAGUACUCGUGGAAGCAUUAUGACACUCUUCAAACCUAUACUUGACGGAGCUUCUUUCCAAUUCAACCGAGCCUUUGAGUACGAGCGACAUAUUAGCGAAGCUCAUGGAAACCUUUUUCUUCAUGCUCAGAAGCUUUUGGACAUCCCUGAGGAGGAGACUGAGAAAGAGGCUAAAAAAAGGGUUGAAGAAGCUGCCCAACAUCUGAGAAACUUCCACGGCGUUCGAAGACUAGUGAUGGAUGUGCUAGAUAGUUGGAUUAAAUGUGUGAUAACAGACGUUCGGGCCAAAGAGGACGCUAACAAAACUAAAUUGAAGAAGCUUCUGGCUUGUUUGGCGACCAGUAAUGUCAGCGGAAUUCUCCAAUAUGGUAUAUUGAGGAAAGAAGACGGCAGCUCAGGGUCUCUAGUGCGGCGGGCAUAUGAUGAUGCACAUCGCGAACGACUGCGGGCUCUGACAAAAACAGAAGACGACAACCAAAAUGAUGGUUCAAUGCGCAGCUCACAAGAGACGUCGACGAAUCCUGCUGGGCUUGGCGAUGCCGUGCAGACUAAUCUAAAUAAUGAAGAAGCUGAAAUCUCGCGGAUCACCGUGGAUCUUGCAGCAGACUUUGCUUUUCGAAUUUUCAGAUACGCAUUGUCAGUGCACCACUGGGAAAAGAAAGACUGGUACCGCAAAGAAGACUCGUGGAUAGUGUUUCUGUCUCACGUUCACAUUAUGAUGGCGUUUCUAUUCGGCCUCCAUCGCUCAGCCCCAAAAGCCCUGGAUAUCUUUGAAAAUCAUGUACCCUGGGCCUUGCUAUGUGAAUUCCUCACGCGACUACAAAAGUCGCCCGGUGCAGCUACGCCACGAAUUUUUCGCUCAGACUUUCCUCGACCAGACAAUGAAGCCGGCCGUCCAUUGUGGGAGGACUUUCUAAUUCGCGGCACUAUAUUUGCCUAUUUUCCUAACUCAUGGUUUUCUGAUACGACACUUGACGACGAAGAGCGCCAGCUAGAGAUUCCUUCAAUGGACUCUGGGCGGAUGGAAAGAGUUCUCUGGCUUGGACAUAUACUUGCUGCUCUUAACAUCUGGAUUCGAUACGAUGCUGACUCUGAGAUUUUCCUUCCCAUUACCAGAGCUGAGCAAGAUUUGGAGACUAACACAACAGACCCUACAGAGCCCGACUCCACAUUAGGAGCGCAGGCUAAAGAUACAGACACCAUCAUGGCAGACGCACCAAUGCAAACGGUAGUGUCGCCUGAACGAACAAGUAUUGCACCAUCUGAGGCACCUGAGGCAUCCAUACUUUCAACAGACCCCAGCUCCGCUGCGCCAACACCGGAACCUUCUUCUAAAAUGGCGACCCCUCAACAAGAUCCGGCCACGCCUACAAUGGUUGGAGCUGUCGAACAUGAUGAUGACAUACCUAUGAUGGAUAUAUCGCCAAGCAAGGAGCAUCCGCCAGAGGAUCCGUCCAAUCCUGUAGGAGCAACCGCUUGGAAACCGGGACCAGUGACUGUAACACAAUCUGCAAUGCUCCCUACCGGUGUUCAGCGCCCUGCAACUCAAAAUGUGUAUGAGACUUCAGAAGAUGAUAAAAAGUGA